AUGAAGCAACUUGUAUCGAACUUACAAGGAACUGCUAUAAACUUGAUAAAGACGGGGAGGGAGAUUUAUAGUAGCUUGAAUUCCAAAGAGUAUGAAGGAAAUGCAGACUUGUUAGUUCAAAAGAAAAUCGAUUUGAUAAUCCCCAUAGCCGAGAAUAUGCAAAGAAAUGUGACCCAAGACCCUUCCCUAGUCCAGCUUCCAACCAAUUUGCAGGAGCUGAUUGACUCUGCUGGGUCAGAUAUAUGGAAUUUAGGGGGGCAGUUAAACGUAAACAAGGAAACACUUCACGGAGUCAAAUACUUUGCUAUUGUUUUAUUACUCAUAUACGAGUCUUUUAAUCCAAGCAUAGAUCGGUCCCUUUCAGUCUUGAGUUGCUUGAUUAACCUUUUGUCAUCAUCCAUCAGCACAAACGUUCUAGGUGUUGCAAAAAAAUGUCAAAACUUCGCGGAAACGAUUUUGAACAAAUUGUUGACGAUUGACAGAGAUUGCAAUUUGGACAAGGACAACAAAAGUCUCAUUGAUGAUUACAAUUCCAAGUUUUUACUUCUUAGCUUGAGUUUUGAAGUGGUUUCUGGAAACUACGAAACAGCAAAAGUUUACGAGGCCAGGUUGAGUCACUUGGAGGCACACCUUGCAAUGGAUUUCGUCUUAGAAACAAGCCGUAUCUUGUAUAAUUCUGCCUUGGAUCUAUACAAUAAGGAAACUUUUGAAACUGCAAAAUGUUUGGCUGCUAUGUCCAUCAAAUUCUUGGAGAAGGUAAUCACCGAAGAAAGCCAGGGCAUAAUAAAGACCAGGUACUUGCAAACUUAUAUCUUGUUGAUAAAAUGCUACAAAAGCCUUGACACAAAUGAAUCCAAGGAAAGGGCUCUAUCUGCGGUGAAGCUCAUUCAAAAUCAGUUUUCGACUAGAUUUGAAGUGUAUGGCUUGUAUUUUGAGAUUUGUGGUGAUACCGAUGAUACUUCCAGCAUCGAUGAGGUUAUGAUGCGUAUGGUGAUGUCGGUGCCCAUAGCGGAUAAUUUUGAAAAAGUGCUAAAUCUAUUGAAGCAAAAAGUGCACUACAGCUUCAAAGGGGUAAACAAUUGUUUGGACUUCCUUUUGACAAACCUUGAUUCAAGCAGUUUUCAAGCAGGGGUUUUGGUAAUUACAAAAUUUGUUGUCAACGCAGAAUUAGCUCAGAAAGAGGAACCGCAAAUACGAAUCAAAGAGUUGGAACUUUUCAUUGAACUUGCGGAAAGAAGCUUGCAGCAUCUGUUAGACAUGAAUAUGAAACAGAGUGUGCUCGCAUUGCUUUGGAAACAAGGUAUGGCUGCGUAUAAGGCACUUGACUACGACCAGAGCUCCGGUUGGCUCAGAUUAUCGCUUUCAAGGUUGUUUUACAUGGAGUACCUGGAGAAUCAAGAUCGCGGGAAAAUAAUAAGAGCAAUUGAAAACAACCACCUUCUUUCUGGAAACGCCCAAGCUGUUUUGGAUCUACAUCAAGAGUUAGGUCCCGAAGAUGAAAGUAGCAUGCUCUCCCAAUACAAUCUUUUUAGGGCCUUCACUUUAAUGAAGGAUGAAGGAAAUGCAUCUGCACAGUUUACUAGAUUAGUUGACGGCAACACAAAUAUAAAUGCCAUUUUAGCUGUAGCUGCCUGCAUUAUUGAAGCCACGAAUAACCUAUCCAAUGACUUUAUCAAAAAUGCCUUUUUACAGCUAUUGAAUAUCCUUUCCUCAAGGGAAUUUAAUGAAGAAUUUAUUCAGAGUCUAAAUCUGUUUGGGAUUAUAUUACCCAUCUGCUGUCGGUGUGCCAUCUUGAUGUUCUCCAAUAACAUUGAAAAAAACGAAAUGGAAUACACUGAGUCCAAUUUGCUAAACCUUUGCCAGAUCUUGAAAGGAAGCUGCAAUUUCGCAACCCAUACGUCACAUGUAACGGGCCAAAUAUUCAAUUCAAACGAUUAUGAAUGGUGUGCCAGUAAAGCUUACAACAUAGCACUCUUUUGCAAACAAAUCAAUCGAUGUGAGAUUGCUGUUCAACUUUGUCAGAUAUGUAUUGGUUUUAUUCACUUAAUUCCACCCGAUAUUGAAAAGGUUAGGCGUGAUAAAAUGAUUAUUUGGAAAACAAGAGCAAUGAUUUUGACAUUUUUCUUUCUUAGCAAAAAGGAGGAUAUAGGCGUAGAUGAUUGGACCUAUAUCAAAGAACAUGGUGUUGCUAUGAUUGAAGAAAUUAGAGAUAGUGACGUGUUAUCAGAUGAUAGCUUCGAGUGCAUACAGCAAUUGUGUACAUUCAGGUUUCAAGCCGAGUUGAUUAUUGGAUCAACCGAACAAAUCCAGGCCAUGAUCGAGGAUUGCUCCACAUUCAAACCGAAACAUGUUAUUGAGAUGUACGAGGUGUACGUAAAUUUACUCAUUUACUGCAAGCGUUCACUAGCUAAACACGCAAAACUGAGUAUAUUAUUAUCCAUAAUCAACCGUGCCAUAGGUUUUGCAGAUGCUACAUUUUUGCCUAGAUUGAUUAUCUGGAUUAGGUAUUUUAUGGAAAUUAGUGAUGACACAUUCGACUCUGAAAAGGGAAAGGCUGUUCUUCAGUUUUACAGAAUGUACCAGUCUAACGUGGUCACUGCAGCUAUUCCUUCUUUUGAAAUUGAAUGGAUUGCCAGUGUGUCAUGGAACUACGGGGCAUUGAGCCAUGGGUUGAGAUGGUGUGCCUUUGGAGUGUUGUUUUCAAGAUUUGUUCAUGAAAGAGUUAAUAAGCAGCCUACUGGAUCGACAAAACUCGAAGUACCCAAAUAUCACCCUUCACUAAUCGUUCAUGACUAUAAAGAUGAUUUGACAAAGGUAAAGACUUGUGGCUGUUCUGGUCCAUACUGCGUCAAGAAUGUUGAUUGGAUACCACAAGCAAAAUAA